AAGUUCUAAGGCUUAUGGACAAAUACCCGAAUUACCGAUUGUCGGUGACGGGGCAUUCCUUAGGCGCUGCUCUUGCAAUAUUGGCUGGAAUAGAACUCAGACUCAUGGGGCUUGACGUUUUAGUUGUGACAUUAGCCACGCCCAGGAUCGGUGACAAAAACUUUGCCAGUUAUGUGGACGAUUUGUUCAAUACAAAAGAUGUGACGCAGGUGAUCGAUAAGGAAAAGUCAUUUGACAAUAUAGGUACCGCUUUAAUCAGAAUGAUCCACCUUCAUGAUGUUGUACCAUACCUUCCUCCCACAAGAUACUUCAGGCAUAGCGGGUAUGAAUACUUUUUGGCAGCUGAGGGUGUUUCUCAAACACCCCAAACGAUUAAGCGGCAGGGCACAACUUACCUCGAGGAUGAACCCCAGAAUUAUCUAGAGGUACUUCCCAAUUUUCGCAGGUUGGAUCACGCUAAUUACUUUUUACCGGUAUCCCAUUGCAUUUAGGUUUCAUCUCGAGAUGCUUGGACCAUUUCAUUGAUAGUUCGAAGUUUGCUUCUACUUUUUCCAAGCAACCUUCCCUGCCUCAAUUCGAAUAAGUCAAUAGUUUUCCAGCCAUUCCAGCUCACAUAAGGAGAAGGGAGAA